UUGAUGGUGGCAAAUGCAAUGAUGCUGUUGGUGGCACUGGCAAUAGUGUUGAUCUUGUUGUUGAAAGUGGUAUACAUCAUAUGGGUCCCUUUAAAAGUGCAACAUGUGUUGAAGAAACAAGGCAUAAAUGGACCAGGUUACAGCCCAAUUUUGAACAACACAGCAAAGAUUAGAAGAUUGAUGAUAGCAGAAGCUGAAUCAAAGUCCAGCUGUUUCACUCAUAAUCAUGAAACAGUAGUUUCCCGUGUCAUGCCACACUAUUAUAAUUGGUCAACGAUUUAUGGAAAGAAUUUUCUUUACUGGUUUGGUCCUAAACCUAGGGUUGCAAUUGCUGAUCCCAAUCUCAUAAAGGAGAUAUUGCUUAAUACCACUUCCUUUGAGAAAAUCAAACAUAACCCUUUGUCAAAACUUCUGCUUGGAGAUGGGCUUGUUGGGUUAGAUGGUCACAAAUGGGCUAUUCACAGAAGGAUCAGCAACCACGCCUUUAACAUGGAGAUAGUAAAGGGUUGGAUUUCUGAGAUGGUUGAUAGUACAACAAAGUUGUUGGACAAGUGGAAAGACGUAACAAGUGCAAGAGACCAGUUUGAGAUGGAUGUACACAAAGAAUUUCACAAACUUUCAGCAGACAUCAUUUCUAGGACCGCUUUUGGAAGUAGUUUUGAGGAGGGAAAGCGUAUUUUUGAAUUACAAGACCAGCAAGUGAGCCUUGUUUUAGAGGCCAUACGAAGUGUCUACAUUCCUGGAUUCAGAUUUUUGCCCACCAAGAAGAACAGAUUGAGGAAAAGACUGGAGAAGGAAACUAGAGAUGCAAUUAGGAUGUUGUUAAACAAUUGCAGCAGAACAGCAAACAAUUCGAAAAGCUUGCUUUCUUUGUUAAUGCAUCCAAUCAAGAAUCAGGAUGACAAACAGGAGACACUGGAUAUAGAGGAGGUUGUAGAUGAAUGCAAGACAUUCUACUUUGCAGGAAAGGAGACAACUGCUAAUUUUCUGACAUGGGCUUUUCUUCUGUUGGCAUUGCAUCAAGAAUGGCAGAGCAAGGCUCGGGAAGAAGUUGUUCGUGCUUGCAGAAAUGGGAUUCCUUCUGCAGAGAAUAUAGCUGAUCUCAAGAUUGUGAGCAUGAUAUUGAAUGAAACACUUCGACUUUACCCGCCAGCUGUGAUGUUGAUGAGGCAAGCAUCAAAGAAUGUCAAGUUAGGAAACCUUGACAUACCAGUGAAUACACAGUUCUAUUUGGCUAUGACUGCUGUCCAUCACGACAAGGAGAUCUGGGGAGAUGAUGCCCAUGAAUUCAACCCGUUGAGAUUUGCUGAGUCACGGAAACAUUUAGCUUCGUUUUUCCCAUUUGGUUUAGGCCCCAGAAUCUGUGUGGGCCAAAACUUAGCUCUUGUUGAGGCUAAAGUGGUCCUGUCAAUGAUCAUUCAGCAAUAUUCUUUUUGCAUUUCCCCAUCAUACGUUCAUGCUCCGACUCAGGCUAUGACCUUACAACCUCAAUAUGGUGCUCAAAUACUCUUUAGCAAGAUUUCUUGAUUUCGUAUGUGCUGGAGAAAUGCUCAGGCUUGUCUCUAAAUAAAUGCUUGCUACAGAGUAACUAGUGCUGACUGACUCUUUAUUCUCUUGUACAUUAUGAGCACUAUAAACUCACAGUA